AUGAGGAUGGGUGGCCCCGCAACCACCGCCGUCGCCAUCAUCGUGGCCGUUUUGCUGCUCUUGGGCGUUAUUCUGAUUGCAAUUUCGGAACACAAGAAGAAGAAGAGAACAAGUGCCAGGGACAGUGAACAGGCGUUGGAGCGCUGGGAGGCGAGACAGUCGGUGGCAAGCUUUGAAACUGUUGACGACUUGAAGGAACCGCCGCCAGUGGCUACAAACAUGCUCCAGGGAAGGCGAUUUUUAUUCCUGUCCAGGAACCGAUGA